AUGCACCACGACCAGCCCGACUCCGUUCCACGCUCCGUCCUCUUUGCCACCAUCCACCACUUGCACGAGCCCCCGCUCUUCCUCUCGGCUGCCAUCGCGACAGCCACCCGCAACUCGACCGACAGCCUCCGCAUCGUCCUCUACUCCCACUUCUUCAACGACCUCCACAACCCCCCGCCAGAUGAGGUCGACAACACCGGCCCCGUCUCGCAUACCGAAUACUGGGACGAGGUCCAGAGGCUCCUCACCUACGUCUACGUCCAGGCGACACAGGUCGCGCAGGACACGGGCAGGGUCCUCAUGGACAUCGACGUCCUGCUCAAGGGCUCCCAGGGCCACCCCCCAGAGGACUUCGUGCGAGACACCCAGCGCAUAUACCUAGUCCCGCACCCGCACCCCGCGCCCCCGCACCUCGCCUCUAUCCAGCACCGGCCCGACGUCGUCCUGUUGCCCCCCAGCGAGCACACGCGCCUCUCGCACGUCCCCCCCCACUCGUCGCGCACCCGCCUCCCGCCGCUCUACCCCGUCGUCGCCAUGGGCGGCACCUUCGACCACCUCCACGCCGGGCACAAGAUCCUGCUCAGCAUGGCCGCGUGGAUCGCCAGCGAGAGGCUCAUCGUCGGCAUCACCGACGACGUCCUCCUGAAGAACAAGGCGAACAAGGAGGUGCUCGAGGACCUCCCCGCAAGGACCGCGCGCACCCGCGCGUUCCUGGAGCGCUUCAAGCCCGGGCUGUUCCACGACAUCGUCCCCAUCACCGACGUGUACGGCCCCACCGCGUGGGACCCCGACGUCCAGGCGCUGGUCGUCAGCAAGGAGACCCUCCCAGGUGCAUCGUCCAUCCACGCGCACAGGAAGGACAAGGGCCUCCCCCCGCUCGAGACGUUCGUGAUCGACGUCAUCUCCGCGACCGAGGCCAGCAUCGACGACGCGGACGCCGAGAGGCUCAAGAGCGCCAAGAUGAGCAGCACGUACAUCCGGCAAUGGAUUGUCGAUCACCAGGCACGCCCGGAGAAGAUCCCUGCCUGA